UUGAGUUAAAAAAUUAGAAGGAUUUUUUUGUUAUUAUUUUGGGAAGACAUUUUUCAUGCAUAUUGAAAUGCACAUCCCUUUUCGUUAGUCAUUUGCAAGAUAAAUGCAAUCGGUGACAAUAUAACUUGGCCUGUGAUUUAAAAAGGAAAGCGUUUGUGGGUUGUUUUUCGUGUUUUUAAAGUUAGUCACACUGAAAAUGGAAGCUUUUGAGAACCAGACCAGCGAGGAGAGCGUCUUAGACCUGUCUCGUCUGAAUGUGGACACAUUGGAUCUGGAAAGCUUGGGUGCGGAGCGGAGGAGGUUGACCAGGCGUCUGUACCUGUCCUUUAACCAGAUGGUGGCGCUGCCCGGCUCGCUGUGGCUUUUCUCGAACCUGAGCUUCCUCGACAUCAGCAGCAACGGGCUCUCGGUCAUAUCCGAGGAGAUCACUCGGCUCAGCAAGCUGCGGACACUGAUCGCCAAGAACAAUCGGCUAGACGUGCUGUCUCUGCCCAAGGACUUCGGCUCUCUGUCGAUCGAGACGCUGAACUUCAGCGGCAACAGGUUCGAAGAGCUGCCUGCCCAGUUCUUGAAGCUGCGUCGGCUGCGCUCCCUCUCAGUGGGGGGCAACAGGCUCAGAUCUAUCCCGGCCGAAAUAGAAAACCUAACCAGUCUAGAGUUUCUGUACCUGGGGGGGAACCUCAUCUCUACCAUCCCCCUCGAGCUCGCCAAACUGCCCUGCCUCAGCUACCUGGUUUUGUGUGACAACCGCAUCCAGAGUGUCCCACCACAGCUCUCCAGGCUCCAUUCCUUGCGUUCCCUGAGCCUGCACAACAACCUGCUGACCUAUUUGCCUCGAGAGAUCCUCAGCCUGGUCCACCUCCAGGAGCUGAGCCUGCGUGGCAACCCACUGGUGGUGCGCUUCAUCAGGGAUAUGACCUAUGACCCCCCCUCGCUGCUGGAGCUGGCCGGGCGCUCUGUCAAAUCUCGAAACCUGCAAUACUCACCCCAAGACUUGCCUGUUCACCUAGUCAACUACCUGGACAUGGCAAGCAAGUGCCCAAACCCCAAGUGCGCAGGCGUGUACUUUGACUCCUGCGUCCGCCACAUCAAAUUUGUGGACUUCUGCGGAAAGUACCGGUUGCCCCUCAUGCAUUACCUGUGCUCCCCUGAGUGCUCGUCCCCCUGCAGCUCGGCUGCCCAGAGCGACGCUGACUCUGAGGAUGAGAACAGCGUGUCAGCUGACAGGCUGCAGAGGGUGCUUCUGGGAUAGGUCCCGAAAUGGAACCUCCUAUUACUACCCAGAUUGCACUCAAGGAGACAAAAACGUAUACGAUCUGGCAGACUGUCUAAGAGAACAAUCUGCAAACCGUGUAGUGGUCUCUUGAUGGCCAGCGACAGACUGAAGUAACACAGCCUCCCAAAAUGGGGGGGGGGGGGGGGAUGUUGUUCUUAGGUGCAAGACUUUUUUUUCUAAAUCAGCCUUUGGAAAGAACAUUAGCAAAUUCACCUUGACAGGUACAUUGAAGCUCAGAGAUGGACAGUGCGAUUAUUUCCAGUCACUGGUGGUUACAAUCUUGCAGAAUUUAAUUUGCAUUCAUUUGUAACGCACAGUUGGGGUAAAAUCCCUAGUAGUUUGUCUAAGAGCCCUUCGGUUUUACUGGUGGGUGUGUAUUUAGAUGGUGCAGCUUUCAGAAUUUAAACAUGAAAAAGGUUAAUGACUGACGGAAGACAAUGUCACUGGACGUUCACAUAAACGACAUUUUUUUUGCCUUUAAAAUGAUAUAUACGCUUGGUUUUAGUUAUGGUGAAUUCUUUGUCAGAUAAAUGGAAUUACUGGAUUUUUCUGCAUUUGUGGGAUUACUCUGGGAUUUCAGACCCCACAAGCUCAGACCUGCUGCUAUUUCACUCUUUUUUUCCCCUUUGAGCCUCUGUCUAUGAGCCAGUGAUGUGAUGGUUUCAUUUCUACAGGUAACUGUUUAACUGCCCUGUUUUUCCAAAUGUGGCAGCUGACAGUGCAAAGGUCAUCAGUGCAAGCCAGCCACUUGCUUUAUAACCAUUAUGCUGGUGCUUCUGCAUAGAAAGCCAAUAACGGUCUUACGCCAUUGUUACAUAAGCAAAUGCAACCCGGGAUCAAAGACUAACACGUUUUCUUUCAUUGUGCUUUGAAAUAAAUCCAGGAGAUGUGGUAAGCAGAUGUUUUUGUGUGAACUAGUGACACGUUCCUUUAGUUCUGUUACAAAGCCAGCUGACCAUCGUCUUUCUGUCCGUUUUCAAGAGCCUGGAGGAAACAGAUAGCGAGACGAGGAAGAAAUGUCAAAUUAGCACCUAAAUUUUGUCUUCUCCAUUUUUAUUUUUCAUUUAUUUUUCUACUUUAGUUGAAUUGUUUUUUUUUUUUUGUUCAAAAGGUAGUAAUACUCUUCGGAACAGUGCUGUUUCUGUCUGAAGUCAACGUGUCCAUAUGACGCUUUUAUCUGUUGUCAGAUGUGCAUGAUUGAUCUUAGCAUUGGGAAUUGUUUAACACAUUUUAAUGGCACAUAAUUUUUCUUUUGUUCCAUGCAUGAAAAACAUUUUCGGGAACAUCGCUGGGAAUACAGUCUCGUCAUUGCUAAAAUGAAGAAGAAUUGAAUUAAACGAAUGCUGGUGUCGAGUU